AUGCUUUUCAAUCCACUAUCAGCCGAGGCAGCACUGCUUCUUGCCCUUCCUCAACUUGCGUUUGCUGCUACCAAGAAAUUUGAUUUUGACAUCGGCUGGGUUAGAGCCAAUCCCGAUAAUGCCUUCGAGCGCCCGGUUAUUGGCAUCAAUGGGAAGUGGCCUAUCCCAACAAUCGAGGUCAAUAUUGGUGAUCGGGUCAUCAUCGACGCCCACAACAGUCUGGGUAAUCAAUCCACUUCACUGCAUUUCCACGGUCUCUUCAUGAAUGGCUCCACGCAAAUGGAUGGUCCCGCUGGUGUCAGUCAAUGCCCAAUUGCUCCAGGGACCACCUUUACAUAUAACUUCACUGUCGACCAACCUGGCACAUACUGGUACCAUUCGCAUACCUCUGCUCAAUAUCCAGAUGGUCUGCGGGCUCCCUUUAUCGUCCACGACAAAGACUUCCCAUACAAGAACAAGUACGAUGAAGAGGUCAUCUUCAGUCUCUCAGACUGGUAUCAUGACGAGAUGCAAACCCUCAUUCCCAAGUUCAUGGGAAAAUCCAAUCCUUCUGGUGCUGAGCCUGUGCCUAACAAUGCACUUAUGAACGAAACCAUGAAUUUCACCAUGUCUGUCAAACCCGAAACAACUUAUCUGUUCCGCGUUGUCAACAUAGGUGCGUUUGCGGGCCAGUACCUCUGGUUUGAGGGCCACAAGAUGCAAAUAGUCGAGGUUGAUGGUAUUUAUACCGAGGAGGCAGAGGCGGAAAUGAUCUAUCUCUCAGCUGCCCAGCGCGUCAGCUUUCUUCUCACGACUAAAAAGGAUAUUUCAAAGAACUUUCCGAUUGUUGCUAGUAUGGACACUACACUGUUUGAUGUGCUUCCCAAAGAUCUUAACUACAACUCCACUGGCUGGCUUGUCUACGAUAAGAAGGCUGACAAACCGGAAGCGGCUACUGUCGAGACUUUGGAACCAUUCGAUGACAUGAAUCUUGUCCCCUACGACAAGAUGAAGAUCCUUGGGAAACCUGAUAAGGAGGUUACUCUCGAUGUCAUGAUGAACAACCUCAGGGACGGAAGCAACUACGCCUUCUUCAACAACAUCACAUAUACUGCAGCCAAGGUUCCCACUCUCUACACAGCACUCAGUGCUGGCAAAGACGCCGAAGAUCCUACAGUGUACGGUACUUACACACACUCCAUGGUCCUCAAGAAGAACGAGAUUGUGCAAAUAGUUGUCAACAAUCUUGACUCUGGUCGUCAUCCUUUCCAUCUCCACGGCCACGCAUUCCAGGCAGUUUACCGUUCCGAGGAAGAAGCUGGUGUCUGGGCGGAUUCUAACGUCACUGAGACCGAUCUACCCAAAACUCCAAUGCGACGUGACACUCUGGUCAUCUAUCCUAACGGCAACAUGGUCAUGCGUUUCAAGGCCGACAACCCAGGUGUUUGGCUGUUCCAUUGCCACAUCGAAUGGCAUGUUGUCUCUGGUCUCAUUGCCACAUUUGUGGAAGACCCCCUUACCCUCCAAGAGACCAUUGAGAUCCCAAAGAACCAUCUAGAUGCCUGCGCUGCCGCCAAUAUACCUACCAAGGGUAAUGCUGCUGCUAAUACCGAAAACUUCCUUGACCUCACUGGGGAGAACAAACCUUCCAAACCUUUGCCUUCUGGCUUCACCCCUCGUGGCAUCGUUGCUCUCGUCUUCAGUUGCAUCUGCGGCAUUCUUGGCGUGAGUGUUGUGGCAUGGUACGGAUUCUCUGCGCCUGUCGAUUCAACCAGUGCUGGUGCCCUCAGCGCUGGACUUAUUGAGGACAAUGAUUCUGGAGAUGUACAUUCCGCACAAAAAGGUCCCCAAGAGACAGUUGUUUCCCCUUCAGGCGAUGCAAGGAGCCAUUGA